AUGAACAUUGCAACAACAUUUCUAUUUGCAAUUUACAUUAUAGAUGCGGUUGCCAUAGCAUUAGCAGAUUCGGUGACAUGUGUCUUGAGGGAAAUUAUUAGAACGGAUGAGCGUAUUCGCUUUAAUGGUUAUCCUUCGGAAUCGCAUUAUGUUACAACUCCCGAUGGCUACAUUUUGAAUCUAUUUCGCAUUCCAUAUUCAAAUAAUUUGAAGAACGAAAACUCAUAUCGUCCGGCCAUAUUGUUGCAACAUGGGUUGUUAAGUAAUUCCGAUUGUUGGUUGUCGGGUGGCCCCGAUCAUGCUUUGGCUUAUUUAUUGGCCGAUGCUGGCUUCGAUGUAUGGCUGGGAAAUGCUCGUGGAAAUACCUAUUCACGUAAUAGUACCACUAUUUCCCUUAACAGUCCUAAAUUUUGGCAUUUCGAUUGGCAUGAAAUUGGAACGAUAGAUAUACCAACGAUGAUUGAUUAUAUUCUGAAAAUAACUGGACAGCGUAAGAUUCAUUAUGCCGGACACUCCCAGGGUACAACGGUGUAUUUUGUUAUGUUAUCGGAACGCAAGGAAUACAAUAAGAAAAUCAAAUCGGCCCAUAUGUUGGCUCCGUGUGCCUUCUUUGAACAUGGAACUUCGAUGGCUUUUAAGAUUUUCCGUCCCUUGGUCGGUACUCCGGGUGGAAUUUAUAAUCAAGUUCUAGCCGAUAUGGAGUUGAUGCCACAAAAUCGUCUCGUUAAUCGUUUUGGAGAUACAGCAUGCGGCAUUGAUGCACUAUCGAAAAUUUUGUGUAAAAAUAUCUGGCUGUUGUUUGCCGGUGAAGGUUAUCAAAAUACCAAUUUAACAGCGCUACAAGAAUUAGUUGAAACUCAUCCCGGUAGUUGUUCGAGUAAUCAGGGUAUCCACUAUAUGCAGUUGAGUGGUCAUAAUGCUGGUCGUUUUUGUCAAAUGGAUUAUGGCGAAAAGAAAAAUGAAAAGAUCUAUGGUCAAGCGACACCGCCCGACUAUAAGCUGGAUAAUAUUGUUGCGCCCACCUAUUUGUAUUCCAGUAAUAAUGAUGGUCUCUGCAAUCCCCAAGACGUUGAUACUCUAGUUUCGAAAAUGAAAAAUUUGGCCGGUGAUUAUCGUGUUCCCGAUCUCAGUUUCAAUCAUUUGGAUUUUAUUGUCGCCAAGAAUAUGCGGAGAAUGGUCAAUGAACCGGUAAUUAAGAAUAUUUUCAAACAUGAAGGUUAA